AUGACGGCAACGUCUGGUGGGACGGCCAAACAAACAACGUCCACAAGACGCAAUUCAGCGCAUAUGCUGAAUAUGCAUGACUUUCGCAAAAAACUUAAUGUGGCCGCUGCCUUGCGCCACCACCAGCAGCAACAGCAACAGCAGCAUCAUCCAACACAUCACCACCAUCAUGCAUUACAACAUCCGCACCAUGCCAAUGCCAUGUCUAUAUUCCAGCAACAAGCGGCCAAUAUAAGACCUCCUCCGCAUCUCAUGAAUAACUGGAAUCUCUUGAAUCCCAGCAAUUUUUCGAAUGGCAGAGUGGGGGGAGGACCCCAAUUGCCACCGCCCUUAAUGCAUGGCAGUGGAGGUGCGGCUGGUGCUGGUGGUAUUAUCGGCAGCGGAGCCAAUGGCAACCGUCAUAGUAACCUGCCGCCCUCACAUCUAAAUCGCAAUGCAGCAUUAUUUGGUAGCGUUGCAGUGAUGGCACCCCGUUUCAAUGUUCCGCCGCCACCUAUGCAUGCCAAUCUACCGUCCCAGCAGCAGCAGCAACAACAACAACACCCACAACAACAACAACAACAACAACAGCAUUAUAAUAAUACGUCAAACGCAACGUCACCCUUUGACUUUUAUAAUCAAAAACUUCUAAUGAAUUGAUACCAGAACCUUAAUACCUAUCUACCUAACCUCUACUACUAUCCCCCUCGGGCCUUAUUAAAUGAUGAAACAAGAAGAAAAGAACAAACCAAACCACAAUACAUAAAAUUAAAAAAUAAAUUGUUAUUUAAAAUAAUUAUUUUUUUUUAUAAUUUUAUAAUCGGUAUUUUCUCAUGAAAUACUUUGUUAUUUUCCUUAUUUACCUUCCUUUGUACAUAAAAACUUUCAUGAAAAAUAAACUCAAAACACCCACAAAUAUGUAUUAUUUUUAUAAAAAUACAUGCUACUCUUAUUUUUUUAUAUAUAAAUUGUUUUUUUUUUAAGUUUUGUGUUUUACUAUUUUUUUUGUAACAUCUGUUUAGUUAUAAUUUUGUAUUUUUUUUAUAAUUGAACUAGUUAUAUGAAUUAGAAAAAAACCAAAUAAUAAUAUUAAGUGUUUAAGGUGUUAUAUAUAAAAGAAAAUAAUAAAAAAAGAAGAACAAAAAUAAAAACAAUGCCAUAAAAAAACAACCAAAGUAUAUUAUUCUAUACAUAAUUCUAUGUAUUUUAAUCAAAAUUGUAAGAAUUUUUUGUCAUUCAUAUUAUAU